UUCCAUUGCAGUACUUCAAUAGUGAGUGUUGUUAUUACCUGAAACUUAAGGAAACCAGGUUGACACUUUUAAGUUUCACUUUCCCCAAACUCUCAAUUGCAAGAGGCACAGUCUGUCAACCGAGGCAGGUUGAGUCAUUCUCACAAGUUGUUUGCAUACUCUGCAGAUCAGCUGUGAGUGUUUUGCCUGUUUCUCUGCCACCAGCACCACCACCACUGACAGGAUGGACCAGGGAGCGUGGACACGGCUCUUUGAGAAUAAAUCAAGGAAUCUUAAAGACUCCUGGCGUCUGGAGCUUGAGGAAGAGCUUGUGCUGCAACACGGCUGGAAGAACUGUAUCGUGAGCACAGGUGGAAGGUUCAGAUGCUCCGACUGUGGAAGAGGCUGGUCUUCUAACAUGGUGAGGGUGGUCUGCCACAUGCGCCUGUCAAACGGCCAGGGCGUCGCCAAGGUGAGGCCCUCCCGUCAGAAGUGUAAGAACUGCGACAACGGUCCAAUGGAAAAGCCAAGCAUCGACUCAGAGAACAUCAAGAUCCUCCUGGGGAAUCUGGUGGAGAAGAUAAGAAUGAAAUGCUACAAUGAGAACCUGGGCAGAAAGAGGCAGGACUUCAGAAGCUUUGAUGGCAAAAGACCCCAUGAGCCUGCUCUUUGUGAGGCCUGUCACCAGGGCAUCUGUCCAAAGAAAUUCUUUUAAGACACCCAAAAGAAAAAAAAGCUAAUCUCCAUAAUCUUUUAUGCAGAAGCUAAUUUUAGCAAAGCACUGGACUUUUCCUCAUUCUGUUACAUUGCAUUGCUUCCAAUGAUAAUCAGAACAUGUAAGUUAUCAUGUUUGCUCUUGUUUCCUCUUGUUGUCGGUUUCCUUGAAAAUGUGAAUUUUUCUGCUUAAAAACAUUAAAUCAACCUCCUUAUAAACAAUAAAUUCAGCUUAUAC